GCAUUACUGCUCAAAACAAAUAAAGAAGAUAAAGAGAAGGGAAGAAAAAAAAAAACUUAAUUACACGAAAAUAUGGAUUGCGGUGGUGUUUUAGUGAAAUAUAUACUUUUCUUAUUCAACAUACUAUUCGUAGUAUGCGGUAUAUUGCUAAUUGUCUUCGGCUCCAUAUUAGUGUCACACAUACAGCAAGUGGGUAGCUUUGCGCAAACGUUUGAAGCUAACAGCGUUCCCAUAGUAAUUCUUAUACUGGGAUGUGUGAUAUUCAUAAUUUCGUUUUUAGGUUGCUGUGGCGCAAUACGCGAGGACACAUGUUGCACAAUGACGUACUCCGUCAUUAUGCUCGUCCUCUUGCUGGUUCAGAUUGCUCUGGUAAUACUUGUUUGGACACAACGUGCCAAGUUCCUCAAUUAUGUAGAUCAAAUUGUGGAAACAAUUUGGAAGCAGCACAAAACGGAUCAAAAAGUAAUGGACGCUUUACAAUUGACGUUUAAUUGUUGUGGCGUAGAUGGUGCAACUGAUUACACCUUAAAUCUGGAGUCAAUCCCAAAUUCCUGUUGUGGCACAAACGCCGUAUCUUGUAGUGUGUUAGAUGCUAUAAAGAAAAAUGGUUGCCAAGAAGCUUUCCAUUCAUUUUGGGAUAAAAGCAUAAAUAUUGUACGAUAUGCUGGCCUCGGCGUAGCAGCAAUUGAAUUAGUGGCAUUUAUUUUCGCCUGCUGUUUAGCGAAUCAAGUGCGCAACAACAUAAGGAGAGCAAACUACUGAUUUCAAAAUGGAGUUCAUGUGAAGCCUUUGCUUUCCGACGAUUAUAGUUUGCUUCUCACCACUAAUAGUAGCAAAUAUUUUACAUAUGUAUAAGAAAUAUCUAUUUAACUUUUAUAAAAAGUUUACGAAAUCGAUUUAUGCUAUAAAAUUCUCCCUCGAUGAUUUGAAUUCAAAACGAUUAAAUAAAACUUAACAAAUGCGUGAGGAAGCGGAAAGUAGAUCCGAAACAAAACUCUUUGAGUAUGUAUGAUAAUUUGUUUAGAUUCCACAAAAGACAAUUUUAGGGCAGCACUGUAAAAAUAAAACAGUUCUGCUGUAAAGUUGUUGCCAGUUGUAAUAUAAAUAUGAUAGCUUGAACCUGUUCAUACACAGAAAUUUAUUUGCUAAUAAUCAGCAACUUAUAUUUUUCGGUUUCCUAUUUCAAUUCUCAAUUCGGCAGUAAGAAACUUACUGAUAUUUUUAUAGUAAAAUUCGGUAGAGCUUUCUGGUAAAUAAUGUAAAUAAUAUGUGAUGUAGGCGAUAGUUAAUGUAAGAUAAUUAUUAGAGAAUAUGUAAAUAUUUGUUUGAAAAUAUUACUACGGGGAUG